UUUUAAUGAAUUUCACCAGUUAUACAGUUUCCGACAGAUUGUUUGCUUACAUUCCUCGAAAACACAGGAUGAUCGCCUUAAGACCCCUCACCAACCUCACUAGUAGACGGUCAAUACAGGUUGCUCGAAUUGGCGCUGUUUCCUUCUCCUCUUCCUCGUCUUGCGCCUCUCCUAAAACCAAGUCCGGAAGGGCUGUUGUUUCCUCGUGCCCGGCCGGAACUCCUCUUACCAACCUCUCCGUCCUCAAAGACAAGCCUGACCCCGUCGCCCUUCCAGACGACCAAUAUCCAGCAUGGUUGUGGACUUUACUGGAAGAUAAUAGCAAGGCGCACAAGGCGGAGGAGAAUGCUGUUCACCUGACCCAAGAGGGGGAAUCAGGAUUUAACAUGCAAGCGGAGAAGAAGAAGUUGAAGAACUUAAAUCGACAAAACAUCAAGGCUGCCAAUUACUUGAAGUCAACGGCAUAGAGAGCUCAUUGCAUGAAGCUGGGGGAGAUGACAUGUAUCACCUUGUACCAGCAUGUGCCUCAGCACCUACAUGAAGCGAGGUCUUGAAGGGUUCCCAUACCUGUUUAGUGCCUGUCGUUGUAGAUGAACAUGUCUUGCAGCAGG